CAUAGAUAAAAAUGACAGAAUUUACUCAAAUUCAAGAUGAUAUUGUGAUUGAAGAUUUGAAAUGUUCAUUUGUCAAAUGUAAAUCUCCCUUAGUACCAUAAGGAAACAACAACAAAUUUAUGUAUUAUUUUUAUAAGUUAAACCAACCAAUAUUCAACACUUCAGGCAAUAUUAUAUAAGGUGAACCUGAUCCUAAAGCAACAGAGAUUAAAUUUAUAUGUUGCAAUUGUAUCAAUGUAUUAAAGAAGGAGGGUUAAUAAUUUAUAAAAAAUAUUGAAUAGAAAAUAGAUAUUUAAAAAGAAUUAUAUAGUGUUUAUACUAAUAAGGAGGAAAGAGAAUCUACAAGUCCUCCAAAGUAAGGCAUAAUAACUUUAGAAAAACAAUAUUGUAAAAAAUGCAUUGAUAAUCAAAUUAUCACUAAGGCAUUUGAUGAAAACAUUCAAAAACGUGGUCAUACAAAUAUUAAUUAAACUGUUGAAAUUGCUAAAUAUUAUGCUGAAGAACAAGUAUUAAUAUUAUAUCAUUAUUUAGUAUCAUAAAGAUAAAGAGACUCUAAAUUAAUUAAAAAUUCGAUUGUCAAGGCUUAAUAAUGAAUUCUCUAAUCGUAUGGAGAAAUUACUCAUUUUAAAUAAGAUUAGAAUGAUUAUGAAAAAAUAUGAUCGUAUUGCUUGAG